UCUGUGCGCUCAAUGCGCUCCGUACUCCGUACUCCGUGCGCUUGUAUUGCAUUUUGCAUUAUUGUGCCGGGAUCUAUGAGUAUGUUGAACGUCGUGAGGUAUCAUACGAAGAUAUUAGGCGCGUAUAACGCAACGAGACGCAUACUUAGCCGGCAACACCUGUUUACAAAUGCAAAAACCGACGUCGUGCGAUGUAACGACGCUUCUUUUAAGGAAUACUGCUCGAAAUUGCUAUUACAGAAGAGACCACUGAAACAAGCGAACGUUGUAAUUCGUAAUUAUGCCGCAAAACCGAGCAGUAGAAAUGACAAAAUUGUGGGAUCUUGGUUGCUCACCUGCGGUGGCAUGGUUUUCGUAGCGGUCGCACUAGGUGGUGUAACAAGACUCACCGAAUCAGGCUUGUCUAUGGUUACCUGGAAAUUGCUGGGAGAGAAAAUGCCUCUGAACGAAGCUCAAUGGGUCUCGGAAUUUGAGCGUUACAAACAAUUUCCUGAAUAUAAAAUAACCAACCACAGUAUGACGUUAGAGGAAUUCAAACGUAUUUGGUGGAUGGAAUAUUUGCAUAGAACAUGGGGACGUUUAAUCGGCGCUGUAUUUGUAAUUCCGGCAACAUAUUUCUGGUAUAAGGGUAUGCUAAAACACGGAAUGAAAAUGCGCGUUGUUGCCUUAGGAUCGCUAAUCGGCUUGCAAGGACUCAUGGGAUGGUAUAUGGUCAAAUCUGGAUUGGAAGAUCGUUUUAUAGAACCUUCCGACGUGCCGCGGGUGUCGCAGUAUCGUUUAGCUGCGCAUCUUGGAUUAGCAUUGCUCCUAUAUACUGGAUUUCUUUAUAAUGCUUUGGAUCAUCUGAUUCCUGCUCAAAAGCUAACUGCGAAUUCCUCUAGUACCACAAUCACAAGUAAUGCCCUGAAGGCACUGAAAAGAUUUAAAGGAUUAAUUCACUCAACAAAAGGGCUAGUAUUUCUCACUGCUUUAUCGGGAGCAUUUGUAGCUGGAAUGGAUGCUGGCCUUAUUUAUAAUACUUUCCCAAAAAUGGCAGAUAAGUGGAUACCCGAUGAUAUACUUGCCAUAUCUCCUGCAUUACGAAACUUCACGGAAAAUCCAGCUACAGUUCAAUUUGAUCACAGAAUUUUGGGAGUCACUACUAUAGCAUUAAUAACUUGUUUGGGAAUUUUGUCUCGUAAACAUAAACUUCCUGGUCGAGGAAGAAAGGCUGUGGCUGCGGUACUUUGUGCGGGUUAUCUUCAAGUACUUUUAGGAAUUUCGACUUUAUUAUACCAUGUUCCUCUAUCGUUAGCUGCGUCGCACCAAUCUGGUAGUCUUAUACUUUUAAGUACUAUAAUUUGGCUGUGCCAUGAGUUGAGAUAUUUAGGAAAAUUUGCUAAAUAAAUUUGUAAAAUAGUAAAAAUAAAUAUAAAUACAGAUUUAUGACAUUUUUACAGAUUAAAA